AUGGGCCCAUCAAGAAACAUGUCCAGCUUCCCCCGCCCCUCCACCUGGGCCGAACGCAACUCGUACAUACCAGGCCAGACCCUCGCGUCCACAGCCUCCAUGUCCGGCGUCAAGACCAUCCCAGCCGAUGCACCCAAAUCCGAGCGCCACAUCUCCAACAUCCUGAACCAGGGUCCCAGCUACGGCUGGAAAGGGCCCGGUGACGGACUCCAGGGCAGCAUGUGGGCCCAAUACGAGACCAAGCGGGUGGAUUUCCAGAAGCUGGAUGAGCAGGAUACCACUUCACAGGCGAAGACGAAGGAGCAGCAGCAGCUCGGUGGACCUGCGGCGGCCAAGCCGGACACGUUCACGUGGGUGACGCCAUCGCAAGAGGAGAAGGGGGAUGCGCUUGGCUCGGCCAGAGGCAAGCUUUCUUCCGAGUCUUCGACCACGGCGUCUGAAGCGUCGAGCAAUUCUUUCUAG